CCUCAGCCAGUCCAGGCAACGACCCGUGUGUGUCUGUGUGCGUGUAUAAAGACUGCGGGAAUAUCCUUCCAGCUCUAUAAACAAACCUCUAACAGAGCUGCUUUCUUUCAAAAGCCUGACGCAAACUUUUCGUGGAUAUGGACCUCCUUCCAGCGCAGGAAGCUGCCAAAAUCUACCACACCAACUAUGUGAGGAACUCACGAGCCAUCGGCGUCAUGUGGGCCGUGUUUACCAUCUGCUUCGUCAUCAUCACCGUGGUGGUCUUCAUUCAGCCCUACUGGAUCGGGGACAGCGUCAACACCCCGCAGGCCGGCUAUUUCGGCCUCUUUCACUACUGCAUCGGCAACGCGCUGACCUCGGAGCUCGUCUGCAAGGGCAGCAUGCUGGACUUCGCUUCCAUCCCCUCACCGGCCUUCAAGACUGCCAUGUUCUUCGUUGGGACUUCCAUGCUGCUGAUUGUAGGCACCAUGGUCGGCAUCAGUUUGUUCUUCUUCUGCAACGCAGGAAACGUCUACAGGAUCUGUGCAUGGAUGCAGCUGGCCUCAGGUGUGUUGAUGGUGAUGGGCUGCAUGAUCUACCCAGAUGGUUGGGACUCUCCAGAGGUGAAGAGGAUGUGCGGCCAGAAGACAGAUAAGUACACGCUGGGAAACUGUACGGUGCGCUGGGCCUACAUCCUGGCCAUCAUCAGCAUUCUGGACGCCGUGCUCCUGGCAUUGCUGUCCUUCACACUCGGCAACCGGCAGGACAAACUUCUGCCAGAUGACUUUGAGCUGGAGGGAGCAGAAAACCCCUGAUUGAAUCCACAGACCUUCAGGGCCAGUGUGAAAUAUCAUGAUGCACCUUAGGUUUUCACCUCUCUUGCCUUCUAAUGUUUACUGUGGUUUUGAUUAAUACGAUUUUGUGCUUCCUUAUUUUACUAUAUUUCACAAUACCCAAUAAACAAGCCCACCAAAAUCAUGUAUUGUAUGAAGAUUUGUUUUAUUGUAUGGUGUGUUGUACAGCUUUGUAAGUCGACAACUCGCACAGAGUUUAUGUUCUUGAAUCUGACACCAAUGUAAGUUUUUGUUUUUCCCCCCAUAGGUUUCGACAGAUAACAUAGGUUACUUGGAUAUGAUCUGUUUGGGACACCAUUACAUAACAUCAGAUCUCACCAUUUCGAUGGUAAAAACAGUGACAUUAUUGAACAGUUGACCACACAUACAACUGAGCUCAAACACACCUUCCAUACGCUUUAUUAAAACACAGCUACCCAGCUAAACAAUUUUAGCUAAGAUAUAAGAUUUGUUAAAAACUGUACAUAACUGUAAUAUACAUAAAGGCAAACUCUUUGGUACAGAUAUAUACAGUUUAUUUUCACUUUUUUUUUUUCCUCCUUAAGAUUGGGCUUCUUAACAUGUUGUCUUGUUGAAACCUUUAAAAUACUAUAUACCUGAAUUGUAAUAGGUGAAUGAGAAUACCAGCCUCCCAUGAAAAUGAAAGAUCCCUAUUAUAAUUAACUAAGGAUACUAAAUACCA